UCCCUUCACUUAUAAAGAACAAAUCCUUGAGCCCUCAACGCCUCAGUCCUUUCUUCCUCAUAGCGUAAGUCUCUUCUCAGGAAAUCUCAAAGUCCAGACAAUGUCGCCUGCUGGAAUCUUAGCCGUUCUGUUCCUCAUUGCAGCUCUCUACUGUGGAAUAGACCCUUUCAAGCACAGCGCAAUUUCUGACUUCCCAGAUUUUGAGGCUUACGAGAUUGAUUCGGUUCCGUGGUCUCAGCUCCCCACCGACAAAGACACUGAAAAUCUGUUGCAGAGAUCGGAGAUUAAGUUUCUGAACCAGGUCCAAGGUCCCGAAAGCAUGGCUUUUGACCCUCUUGGUCGUGGGCCUUACACUGGAGUUGCUGAUGGGCGGAUUAUUUUCUGGAAUGGCGAGUCUUGGACUGAUUUUGCUUAUACUUCUCCCAAUAGGUCAGUACUAUGCAGCACAAAGCCAUCACCUUUGAGUUACUUGAAGAAUGAGCACAUUUGCGGCCGGCCUUUGGGGCUUCGGUUUGACAAGAAAACAGGGGAAAUGUAUAUUGCUGAUGCAUAUCUUGGGUUGAUGAAAGUGGGGCCAGAAGGUGGGUUGGCAACAUCACUUGCAACGGAGGCAGAAGGGGUGCCAUUAAGAUUCACAAAUGACUUGGACAUUGAUGAUGAAGGAAAUGUUUAUUUUACAGAUAGUAGCAGCAAAUACCAGAGGAGGAACUUCAUGCAGCUGGUUUUUUCUGCAGAGGAUAGUGGGAGGGUUUUGAAGUAUGAUCCAAUUACAAAGAAAACCACUGUCCUUGUUCGUAACCUCCAAUUUCCAAACGGUUUGUCCUUGAGCAAGGAUGGAUCUUUCUUUAUCUUUUGUGAAAGCUCCCCUGGCAGGUUAAUGAGAUAUUGGCUGAAAGGCGAAAAAGCAGGGACAUCAGAGCUAUUUGCAAUCAUGCCUGGAUUUCCAGACAAUGUGCGAACCAAUGAGAAUGGUGAAUUCUGGGUAGCAAUCAGCUGUCGUCAUUCUUUGUAUAACCAUAUAUGUGGUCUCUACCCUAAACUCAGGAAAUUCUUGCUCAAGCUUCCUGUUACAAUCAAGUAUCAGUUUUUAGCAACCAUUGGAGGUUGGCAUCAUGGAGUGGUUGUCAAAUACAGCCCUGAGGGGAAACUUGUGCAGAUAUUGGAGGACAGUCAAGGGAAGGUGGUGAGAGCAGUUAGUGAAGUUGAGGAAAAGGAUGGAAAAAUAUGGAUGGGGAGUGUCUUGAUGCCUUUUGUUGCAGUUUACCAGUUGGGAUGAGGUAAUGUCUUUGCUCAACUGGCCUAUACUUCGAGAUUGAAUCCUGAACUAGCUUCAAAUUUUGUCA